AUGGCUUCACUUAGUUUCGCAGUAUUAGUUACAGUGGUGGUAACUUAUGGCACAUUUGUGACCCCAUCGGCCGCCCAAAAUCAGCCCACUGUUACAGUACGACAAGGCGCGCUUGUUGGCACUACUGAGACUUUCCAGGAGUCCCAGUUCAUCAAGGUGAACAAGACCAUCGAUGUCUUCAAGGGGAUACCGUUCGCUGAGCCGCCCGUGGGGCAGCUGCGAUUCAGGCCCCCAGUGGCUAAGGGGCCGUGGGACGGUACGUACGACGCCACGUACUUCCGACACGCCUGCGUGCAGGAUCCAUCGCAAGUGAUCGGUGCAACAAAAAGUGAAGACUGUCUGCAUCUCAACAUCUUCGCACCGAAACCAGCGGUGCCAGGGGGCGCUGCUGUUAUGGUCUGGAUACACGGCGGUGGUUUCGUGGUGGGAUCAGGCAUUGAAUCGAUCUAUCGCGGGCAGGCAUUGGUUGCUUUAGGUGACGUCAUCAUUGUCACCAUCAAUUAUCGUUUGAAUGUGUUUGGCUUUCUGACAACAGAUGAUGAAACUUUACCAGGAAAUAUUGGACUAAUGGAUCAAGCCCUUGCACUAGAAUGGAUCAAGGAAAACAUUGCUGCUUUCGGCGGGGACAACUCUAGUAUCACCAUCUUUGGUGAAAGUGCGGGAUCUUCUAGCGUCGGUAGUCACGUGCUGUCUGAACGCUCCCGGGGUUUGUUCAACCGUGCCAUAAUGGAGAGUGGCACGAUGAUGUCGUCGUGGGCCUUUUCUGAGAACAAAGACAUGCUUCGUAAGCAGGCGUUCGACAUAGGCGAGAGGCUUGGUUGUAGCACCUCAGAGAGCCAGGCUUUGGUUGACUGCAUGAGAGAAAAAGACGCGUCGGAGCUUUACGUGGCGUCAGAUCCGUCGACCUUUCGUGGCCCCGUGGUAGUUGACGGGACCUUUUUAGUGGAUACACCGAUGAAUCUCUACGCUACCGGGCGGUACAAUCAUGCGGACCUUCUGAUGGGUACGAACAGAGAUGAAGGAACGCUGUUUCUCCUUUAUAGUCCUUUAUUCUUGGAUUACCUCAACUCAAAGGAGCCUCCAAAAGUGACCAGAAAGGAUUUUGAUGAACUUCUCGCUAGUGACAUAUAUCUCGGUGCAAGCCCACAAAUUCAGGACGCAAUACGAAUGCAGUACAUAGACUGGUCCCAAGCUGACUACGAUGAUCACGAUUACUUCAGGUCCUACGUGGACUUUGGGGCAGACUUCUACUUCGCUUGUGGAACUGAUCAAGUGGCGCGCUUCCAUUUCCAGGCGGGCGACAAUGUCUUCUUGUAUCAGAUGACACACGUGCCUAGUUUGUCCCUGUACAAUCUACCAGGUGGCGGCCCCGGCUGGCUUGGUUGCGGCCACGGGGAGGAUAUCUCGUUCAUCUUUGGCCUUCCCUUUCUUCCGGAAACGGCGGCGCUGUACUUCAAUUUUACGGACGAAGAAAGAGCACUAUCGGUCGAGUUCAUGAAAUUCUGGACCACUUUUGCGAAAACUGGUAACCCGGACAGGCGCGCACAAGGCUCCAAUCCACCGUCUCAGCGAGAUUUCUGGCCUCGGUUCACCGUCCCUGAGUUAGAGUACAAGGUGCUCAGCUUGAAUCUGACCACAUCCAGAGCACUCAAGAGUGACUACUGCCACUUCUGGAACACCUACGUACCGCAGCUCCAAACCAUGCUCGAUGAGAUGGACGUUGCGGAGCGUGAAUGGAAACAAGCCUUCAGUACCUGGAAGUACACGGACAUGGUGGAUUGGAGGAAGGAAUUCACUGAGUAUAAAGCAGUCAAUGUGAAUUGA